UGUGACAUCAUAAAGCUUCGCCGCGCUCCUGCUUUUGUUGUGAUUGGGCUGAAGUAAGGACAAAGAAAGAAACACUCCUGCUGAAGUAACGGAGAUCCACACGACACAGUUAUAAAGAUGGAGUUUAUUAAAGAGGAGAGUGAAGACAUAAAGAUUGAAGAAACAUUCAGAGUCAAACAUGAAGAAGAUACUGGGGAUCAAACAUUGAUAGAGUUUAUUAAAGAGGAGAGUGAAGACAUUAAGAUUGAAGAAGUAUUCAGUCUGAAGCAUGAAGAUACUGAGGAACAAACAGACCUGAUGACACUGAAAGUGGAGACUGAAGAACUCGAUGAAAAGGAAGAUAAUGUUGAGCAUGAGAAAUAUAAUUUCAUGACUGGAGAAACAUCAUUUAGUUGCUCACAUACUGAAAAGACACAAAAUAGAGCUCAAAACACAGCGAAUAGAAGUUAUUUCUCCUGCCAACAAUGCGGGAAAAGUUUCACCAGAAAACAAAAUCUUGAAGUCCACAUGAAAGUUCACACUGGAGAAAAGCCUUUCACCUGCCAACAGUGUGGAAAGAGUUUAAUUAAUAAACCAAACCUUAAAAGACACAUGAUAAUUCAUACUGGAGAGAAACCUAAUACAUGUUCUCAAUGUGGAAAAAGUUUUACAUAUAAACAACACCUCACUGACCACAUGAGGAUUCAUACUGGAGAGAGACCUUUCACCUGCCAACAGUGUGGAAAAAGUUUCAAUAGAAAAGGAACCCUUAACAACCACAUGAGGAUUCACUCUGGAGAGAAACCUUUCACCUGCAAACUGUGUGGAAAGAGCUUCAUUCGAAAACCAAUCCUUAAAUACCACAUGAUAAGUCACAGUGGAGAGAAACCUUACACAUGUUCCCAAUGUGGAAAAAGUUUUACAUGUAAACAACACCUCACUGACCACAAGAGGAUUCAUACUGGAGAGAGACCUUUCACCUGCAAACUGUGUGGAAAGAGCUUCAUUAAUAAAUUAAACCUUAAAAGACACAUGAGAAUUCAUACUGAAGAGAAGCCUUACACAUGUUCUCAAUGUGGAAAAAGUUUCAAACAUAAACACUACCUCAAUGACCACAAGAUGAUUCAUACUGGAGAGAAACCUUUCACCUGCAAACUGUGUGGAAAGAGCUUCAUUAAUAAAUUAAACCUUAAAAGACACAUGAGAAUUCAUACUGGAGAGAAGCCUUACUCAUGUUCUCAAUGUGGAAAAUGUUUUGCAUAUAAACAAAGCCUCAUUGACCACAAGAGGAUUCAUACUGGAGAGAAACCUUUCACCUGCAAACUGUGUGGAAAGAGCUACAUUCAAAAAUCAAACCUUAAAAAGCACAUGAGAAUUCAUACUGGAGAGAAACUUAACACACUGUCACAAGUUGGUCAGACUCAUUACCUACAGGGCACUCCCUCACUCGACUAUUAA